AUGCACCACGAGUCAAGGGGCCCGAGGGCUUCGCCUACGAGAUCAGCCACUCCGUGGAAGAACGCCGACGGCAAGCCGGCCACGGCGACGCAGUACCAUGCUCAAGACGGACUGGGUAGGUAUCGCUACAGCUACAAGCACCCGGGCUCCGCCCGUGAGGAAUACGUGGAUGAAAACGGCCGCAUACAGGGCAGCUACUCCUACAGGGACCCCAACGACGAGAAGCUGUCGAUGAAGUACUACGCGGACGACACGGGCUUCCACGUCAAGAGAGCCGUGCUGCCAGAUUUGGCAGCGCGGGCGCCGCGCGACGAGCCCGCCGUGGCGGCGAUCAAAGCGGCGCACAUCCGGCUGUGGCGCAGCAUGUGGGAGCGGGCGGCGGCCGCUUCCAUCGGAGCUCCCAUCGACCCCAACGAGCCACCGCGAGAGGAGUACGUGCCCUUGCCCGAGGAGAUCGCUCCCCUGGACGCCGAAAGUCAAUCUCGCUGGAAGACGAGGUGCCGCCGGCCGCUGUCCCCGACCAGCCGCCGAAAGUACGACUCCGCGCAGUACGAGCCCGCGCAGUACGAGCCGUCGGCGAACGAGCCGGACGAGCCAAUCGUGCCCAUCUACCCGGGCGCGCCGGACGCGCCGGCGCAGCCCGUCUCCAGUGCGCCCAAGCCGCUGCCGCGACGACCCGCCGUCCGCGGUCGGCGCAUCGGCUUGCACAACGCUCGUCGCACGCCGACGGGCGCGAGCGGCGCGUCCGCCUGA